AAUGCUCUUUUUAUUUCAUGAGGGCUGAAAAGCUGAAGAAACCCACUGUACUUUACCAGUACGCGGGCGUGUACACACCAGUGCUGCAGUCAGGUGUGCAUCAAUUUUGUAUAGGAAAUGGCUGUUGAGGCAGCGCAGCAACGUCAGCUGUGAAGCACUUAGGCUGAGCGUGCCACCCUCUCUCUCCCACCCUGUAACCACGGGCUGAGGGGAGGAGGGCUCUGCCUUUUCUGUGCAAUGGGGGAGAAGAGAGCGCUGGCAGCAGAAUCAUGUCUGCCUCCGACUCAAGCGCUACAGGACUCAUCUGUAACAAGGGUUCAGCCGAUUCCUACACUAGUCGACCUUCUGAUUCCGACCUGUCCCUGGAGGAGGACCAGGAGGCGUCUCGGCGUGAAGCCGAGCGCCAGGCUCAGCUGCAGCUAGAGAGAGCCAAGUCUAAACCAGUAGCAUUUGCAGUGAAAACCAAUGUGAGUUACUGUGGGGCCCUUGAUGAAGAUUGUCCAGUCCAAGGAGCCGCUAUUAAUUUUGAAACCAAAGACUUUCUGCACAUAAAAGAGAAAUACAACAAUGAUUGGUGGAUUGGUCGUCUGGUGAAGGAAGGGGCAGACAUCACUUUCAUCCCGAGCCCAGUCAAACUGGAGGCAAUGAGGAUAAAACAAGAGCAGAAAGCAGCAGCAAGGAAAGGAGGGAACGCUUCAUCCGGAGGCUGGAGGUCCACCCCACCAUCUGCAGCCAAACAGAAGCAGAAACAGACUGAACAUGUUCCCCCAUAUGACGUGGUCCCUUCCAUGCGGCCAGUGGUGCUGGUGGGCCCUUCGCUGAAAGGCUAUGAGGUAACCGACAUGAUGCAGAAAGCCUUGUUUGACUUCCUGAAGCACAGAUUUGACGGCAGGAUCUCUAUUACACGGGUGACUGCUGAUCUGUCACUGGCGAAGCGCUCUGUGCUGAACAAGAAGGCCAUAAUGGAGAGAUCCAACACGCGCUCCAGUCUGGCUGAGGUCCAGAGUGAGAUAGAGAGGAUCUUUGAGCUGGCCAAGUCUCUUCAGCUGGUCAUCCUGGAUGCAGACACCAUCAACCACCCGGCACAGCUUCUCAAAACUUCUCUGGCUCCCAUUGUCGUCUAUGUCAAAGUCUCCUCACCUAAAGUUCUUCAGAGGCUGAUCAAAUCCCGAGGGAAGUCACAAAGCAAACACCUCAACGUCCAGAUGAUGGCAGGGGACAAGCUGGCUCAGUGUCCACCUGAGAUGUUUGAUGUCAUCCUGGAUGAGAACCAGCUGGAAGAUGCAUGUGAACACCUUGCGGAGUACCUGGAAAUUUACUGGCGUGCCACGCAUCUCCCCUGUUCUGCCCCUGUUAACCCCUUACUGGACCAAAGUGUGAUCACACCACCCUCAGCUAACUCCAGCCAACAGUUUUCUGAGACUCAAGAGUUGAUAGAAUGAUUACUACAACAGACAUAGGAGCAGCCUGUGCUGUCAGCUGGGGUCAGACUAGGAGGUCAUAGAGCACAGGGACCAGGGUGCUACCAGGGGGCAGCAGCAGCCCUCAUCUCUCCAAAGCCAGCCACCACCUUCUCUGGCCACAAGAGAACAAGAGCAGAGUCCCCUUGAGAGAGAAAGAGCAGGAGGCUGGUGAGCUGCAGGAAGAGGAGAAACACAACCAGGGAGAGGAGCUGGAGGAGGAGGAAGAUUUGACCAGCGCCACAACAGACAGAGGAGCCUCCACCUCACUGCUGCCCCCUCGGCUAAAGCUCCCUGCUCCCACCGCCACGCGACAACUCAGGGCCGCUUUCUACAGCUGCACGCCUACUGGUAACAAAAACCAGUAGGCUCAGGGCCGCUUUCUACAGCAGGGCAGUCACUGCACGCCGCCGUCCCUCACCCUCCCUCCUCCCCCCCUGACCAUGUUCCCAACUCCCUUCUUUCACACUGAAAGUCACAACCCCUACCUGGCAAAGCUGAGCCAGCCCAUAUGUGAUCAGACACCCAGAAAUGGCUGUCCCAGACACAGAUAGGCUUAUUCAGCUCUCACUGUAGACAAAUUACAUACCUGUGAAAUCAGAGUAUUUUAGCAUACAGUGUAACACAAAAUACAAACACGAAUAGCUUCCUGUUGUAGGGUUUCCAGGGAUCUCUCUCUGAUUAACCUGACUUCCCCCUCUGGCCAAAGAGUGCAGAGAGUGACAGAAAACCAAUUCUGUGUCUUCCAUCCCUACAGCUCUCUGUGAGCUGUCAUUCCAUUUUAACCAAAUGUUUCCUCAAAGGCACUGUUGUUCCUUGCCUUGACUUCUUGUUUAUCCAGUAGCCUUUUUAAAGUAUCCUUUCCUUUUAUUUCAUUUUUUUUACAGUUUGUGUUAGGGAUCGUCACUACCAUCUAUAAUCCCUAUCUUGGCCCUCAGUGUAGCUGAUCGCAUAUGUGUAUGCAACAGUGAUGCAAAACCCAUGCAUGGCAAGCACAGACUUACAAUCUAUAUGCAUCUUUUGUCACAGCUAUGAAUAUAUAAAUGCUGGUCUGUUGGCUUAGGAAGGAUUAUUUACAAUUACUGUGGUUUGUGUGCAGAUGGUUGGUGGCAAAUCCCAUAACCUAACUAAAAUGAAAAUGCAAUUUGAAAAGCUGUGCAUCAAUUUAAUCAUUUCAACUAAUUAUAUGUAUGUCACUUGUUGCAGUAGCCUAUGCAUUUUUAAUCUCGAAGAAAUAAAAACAUCUUCUUUCUGAAACAAUAUUCGGUCCACCCAGAAGUAUAAUUUGUAGCAUAACCAGGUAUCAGGCGAUCGACUGAUAUCUAAUACAUGUUUAUUGGCUUAUGAUGACUUUAAAGUGAAAGCUUGAGAUAAGUGUAUAGAUUAAUAAUACAAUUAAAGGUUACCUCAGCGUGUGUGCUGAAUGUAAUUCUUAGUAAUACUAGCACUAAACUAAAAUAAACAAAUCACCACAACCUACAGAGUCAAGAAAAUCUCUGCAUUUUUUUUUUACUAUGUCAGUGGGAUCAUUUAAAUUCCACACUUCACUGCUACUCAGUGGGGGAAUGAUAACUGGAGAUGUGGGUGGACUAUACAGUCCCAGUUUCUCUUUUGAUGGUAGGGUGAGUUUAGAUAUCAAUGGGGCUUCAAAAUUUAGUUGCUCAGUGGAAAAGAAGUAGCAAUGCCCUGUACACUUGCACCCACCCUCCACUACACCACCGCGCUACAAAUCUGAGACUUCUUUAUCACCCCCGAAGGGACAUUCAGGUCUCUGAGCACAUUGACAGAUUGUGAAGGGUCACAUCCUAAUAAGCCCAGUAAAUUAUUUAAUUAUCUUUUGGCAUAAACAGCUAAACCCCGCAUGUAUGCUGCAGGUUUAUAAACAUAUGUAGGGCGACCUCUGGUGGCAUAUUUAUGUUAUUCUCAUAUCCACCAUUACUUAUUUCUCUGACCAUUGCAAACAAACUGCAAGACAUAAAUUAAAUAUGUAUCCACAUAAAUUAAGAACAUGGACGAUUUCCAGUCAUAAGGCUAGUUAAAUGUCUUUGCUGCAAAUACCAAAAGCUUAAUCCAAACUUUGCAUAGCCACCAGUUCUCUCUUUUGUCUUGAUUUAAUCAUCUAUUUGCCUCCAUUUCAUGUUUUACAGUACUCAAAAAACAUGAAUCUCAAUAAGCACUGUAAUUCCCACAUUAAUGCAUCUGCUUUUACCUUAUACAACUAUAGAGUACAGCAAACAUACCACAUGUGUAAAUAAUCUAUGUAUUUAUGUAUGUGCAUGACAUAUUGUAUUCCUGUUUCAUCAGAAGGGCUUUUUGGGACCAUCCUCACAUGAGCCAUUCACUCUUCAGAGCAACUCAACAUGACCUACAUAACCAGUCACGUGAAUACAUUAUCAAGGCCUAAUUGUACAUACUGUAUAUUCAAUAUGCAGAUCUUCUUAUCAAAUUGCACAGAAACAGCUAAUGCUGACAGAAAGUAGAAGGGUUUUAGUCACAGUACACAAUUCUAUAUUCAGCGCCUCAGAAAGCAUGUGCUUGUAUGUAUUUUCCUCUCUUUUUAGAAUGGUGCACUGCAGUUAUUUAGCACCAGCAUAAAGUUUGCUUCCACUGACACCCCCAUUCAUUUCUGAAGGACCAGGUUUGAGAUACAUAACUUCUACUUGAUGAAACACAGAGAGCAAAGUACCUUCUUUUGAUUAAAAAAAAUCAGCUCCUUCUGUUUGCUUAAUUUUAUUGCAGGAAAUUUCUACAAAAAGUGAAUUAUUCUUUGGAUGUCAAAGCACAAUUUUUUACCAUUAUCAUUUCCUAUUGCGUUUCACCUACCUAAAUUCUGUAUGCAAUAAAAAGUCUAGCAUUGACAAGACACUAGCUGAGACUAUCAAGAUAUCUCCUCAGUUAUGACGGGGUAUAAUUGCACUAUUAUCAUUUAUAUGUCUGCUUUACGAUGCAAUAAAUGCACUAAACGUUAUGCUGUACCCGCCUCCAAUACUGAACAAGUUGUCUGGUCCAAUGAUGAUGUCAACAUUUCAUGUGGUUUCUGACAAGUCAGCAAGAUAAAUGAUAUCCAACAGUGUCUGAUGAUGAUGUGUACAGGGUGCGUCUUUUGUCAAUUGCACAACUGAAAGAGGGGGGUGAAUAAAACACAACAACAUUUAA